CAAACAUGGCGGACUACUCAGCACUGGCAGCUUCCGUGGGGCGGUUUCUUGCCAUAGAACACCUUUUUCUAGGCUUUAUUCUCGUCUGUUUUGGUAUCGCAGACUAUGUUAUUCCUGAUUUUUUCACAGGCAACCUAUGUUUUGGAAUUUGGACCGGUGUAUGGAUGGGUAUCACGGGAAUUUUGGGUGUUGCUGGUACUCGCAGGGAACGAACUAACUCCCGAGAUAUAUUUGCCAGUGUCUUCAUGGGCUUCUCCAUCACCUCAUCUGUGCUUAGUGGAAUAAUCAUUAUUUUCUACAGCAUUGCAAUUCACUCAAAUUCUUACUACAGUUAUUACAACUCCUACUAUUCGAUAGAAGAGGCUAAAUAUUCAAUCACUGGCAUCAUUCUGUUCAUUGGGAUUUUAGAGUUUCUCAUGGGAAUCUUGGCGGCUAUCUGUUGUUGCGCAAUGAAGGUGUGCGCGUGUUGCUACAGUCACGCGCAAUCUCGACAGACGUAUGGACAAAUGAUGCAACCAACCAUGACUUAUGGGCCUGACCACCCUAAGGUGCUUAUUCAGUAUGUGGGAACUAUAAUACGUAGUCAAACGUGA